UAAGUCAUAACAUUUUCAUGCUAUCUAUUUUCCAUAAAUAUAUAGCAUAAAACCAACAUACAUAAAAUAUUAUACACUAUACUUUGUUUUUUUUCUUAGAAGUGUACGUUAAAAGUUUAGAAGAAAAAAUGGAGGAUGAUAAAGAUUGUGGUGGUGGUGAGGUUAAGUAUAGAGGUGUAAGGAAGCGGCCAUGGGGGAAGUACGCGGCUGAAAUCCGUGACUCGACUAGGCAUGGUGCACGAGUUUGGCUUGGUACGUUUAAUACGGCUGAGGAAGCUGCUAGGGCGUAUGAUCGAGCUGCUUAUAACAUGAGAGGUCAUUUGGCUAUACUAAAUUUUCCUAGUGAAUAUAACAUGCCUCGCGGUGGUUCUUCCUCUAGGGGAGGUUCCUCAUCUUCAUCUUCAUCGACGAGGAAUAAUGUUGGGCAAGAUAGGGGAAAGGAAGUAUUUGAAUUUGAGUAUCUUGAUGAUAAGCUGCUCGAAGAGCUUCUCGAUUAUGAUAAUAAUAAGGGUGGAAGGCAAUGAAGCUACAUGUAUAGUUGAUGAUUUGAUUUCAAGCUCUCGUUCGAGUUUGGACAAUGUGUCCUUGCAUUUAUAACUAAUUUCAUAAUGUAACAUCCUUUCUUCUUGAGAACUUUUAAUUUGUGUUCGUUUGAUGAUCAAUGGAUCAAUCUAAUAACUUUUACGACUACUAUUGAGUAUGAUAUGAUAUUAUACAUAUGCAUUUCUAUGUAUAUGAUAUUAUAUUUACGAUAAUGUACAUAGAUAGGUUGACAGUCUUGACACAUUAUGUAUUUUUAAGUGGGAAAUGAACUAUUUUUGAAAUGACU